AUGAGUAUUUCUUUACCUCGCCUUGGCUUGCAGGUGGCCAUCAAGCGAGUGGCCCGGGAUCGCAUGUGGCAGUGGGCGCGGCUGCACGACGGCGCCCUUGUGCCCCUGGAGCUGGUGCUGCUCUCGAUGGUGUCGUGCCCUGGCUUCCGCGGCGUCGUGCACCUCCUGGACUGGUUCGAGCUGCCCGACGGCUUCGCGCUGGUCAUGGAGCGUCCGGAGCGCUGCCGGGACGUGUGGCACUUGCUGCAGGCGGGCGGGUCCCUGCCGGAGCCCGUGGCGCGGGGGCUGUUCCGCCAGGUGCUGCAGGCCGUGCGGCACUGCACCAGCCGCGGCGUCCUGCACCGCGACAUCAAGGCCGAGAACGUCCUCGUCGACCUGGCCACCGGCGACGCCUAG